AAGCCCUGUGAUCAAAAUCUCAACCAUUUGAACCUAAAAGGGAAUGCACCCGGUUACACACAGCAAAGCAAAGUUUCCAUCAUCGUGGCGCCAAGCGCCAUGGAGAAGCUAGCAGUUAGCAAAAGUUGUCACCUCAAAAUAAUUGCAUACCUGUCAAAAUAAAUAAUCAUUGUAUCAGUCUCCUACACGGCUCGCUUUGAUCAGCUCGCUGACCGGCACUAGCUUCCACCUCUUCUCAGUCUUCCUGCCGGCCUUCUCUGUCUUGCUUGAAGAUAAAACUGCAAGGAAUCGUUUCGAGUUUUGGAUACGGGUCAUAGCUAGAGCAAACCUAACUGUAACCACCAAAAUACCAAAUCAUAGUUUUAUAUGGUGGCGAAUAUAAAUCCAGCCUUUGAGCGAUACGAAGGACCGAUCAUUAAGCAUUAGCUUUUCUCUCUUCCUUGCGCGCACUUGUCGAAAGCGAAAACGGAAGCAUGGAGCCGCGCCGAUUGCUUCUACUGGUGUCCAUGGCGAUCGUCCUCGCCGCGGCAUCAUCCCACCCUGCAGCAGGGCUCCUCGACGGCCUGCGCGUGCCCCUGACGCACGUGGACGCGCACGGAAACUACACGAAGCUGCAGCUGCUGCGGCGGGCGGCGAGGCGGAGCCACCACCGCAUGUCCCGGCUCGUCGCGCGGACGGCCACCGGCUCGGUCAAGGCAGCAGCCGCGCCCGACCUGCAGGUGCCCGUGCACGCGGGGAACGGCGAGUUCCUGAUGGACAUGUCCAUCGGCACGCCGGCGCUGGCGUACGCGGCCAUCGUGGACACGGGCAGCGACCUGGUGUGGACGCAGUGCAAGCCCUGCGUGGAGUGCUUCAACCAGAGCACGCCCGUGUUCGACCCUUCCUCGUCCUCCACCUACUCCACGCUCCCGUGCUCCAGCUCGUUAUGCAGCGACCUGCCCACCUCGACGUGCACGUCGGCGGCCAAAGACUGCGGCUACACGUACACCUACGGCGACGCCUCGUCGACGCAGGGCGUGCUGGCGGCCGAGACCUUCACGCUGGCCAAGACGAAGCUCCCGGGGGUCGCCUUCGGGUGCGGCGACACGAACGAGGGCGACGGGUUCACGCAGGGGGCCGGGCUCGUGGGCCUGGGCCGCGGCCCGCUGUCCCUCGUCUCCCAGCUCGGCCUCGGCAAGUUCUCCUACUGCCUCACCUCCCUCGACGACACCAGCAAGAGCCCGCUCCUCCUGGGCUCCCUCGCCGCCAUCUCCACCGACACGGCGUCAGCGGCAGCGAUCCAGACGACCCCGCUGAUCAAGAACCCGAGCCAGCCGUCCUUCUACUACGUGACGCUCAAGGCGCUCACGGUGGGCAGCACGCGGAUCCCGCUCCCGGGGUCGGCGUUCGCGGUGCAGGACGACGGCACGGGUGGCGUGAUCGUGGACUCGGGGACGUCCAUCACGUACCUGGAGCUGCAGGGGUACAGGCCGCUGAAGAAGGCGUUCGCGGCGCAGAUGAAGCUCCCCGUGGCCGACGGGUCGGCCGUCGGGCUCGACCUCUGCUUCAAGGCGCCCGCGUCCGGGGUGGACGACGUGGAGGUGCCGAAGCUCGUGCUGCACUUCGACGGCGGCGCCGACCUGGACCUGCCGGCGGAGAACUACAUGGUGCUCGACUCGGCCUCCGGCGCGCUCUGCCUCACGGUCAUGGGGUCCCGGGGCCUGUCCAUCAUCGGCAACUUCCAGCAGCAGAACAUCCAGUUCGUGUACGAUGUUGACAAGGACACGCUGUCCUUUGCGCCCGUGCAGUGCGCCAAGUUGUGACUUGUCACCGCGCGCGGGGCGCACCCGUAUGUUGUAUGUACGUACGUGAUGAUGUGCGGUGUGCCGUAACAUUCUUAGCCGUAGGCCGAACCGGGUAUAUAUAUCUGUGGAUGGAUCGAUGUGCAGCGUGUUAAUAUUUGGUUUCCGAUCGGGUCGAUCAGCUGUGUACGUACGUACGUGCACCGUUGCAUUUAGCUCGUCUCGCACGCUCGCUCCUGGACGUGGAGUACUCGAUCGUACGCGUACGCGUAUCUGAUGGAGUAUUCUGAUGACUGAUGGGACGGGCAAUGGGAUGGAUGAGAUGGAUAUUUGUUUAUGACCGCUGGUUUGUUAUUGGUCCAGUCUCCAGUACUUUUUUUGAAGGACAGUCUCCAGUACUUGUUCGUGCUA